AUGGCGUCAAUCACAGAGAACGAUAUGGACGCCGAAGCUCUUUCAAAGAAACUACGUUCGGCUCUCUGGUUCCACAUCGGCAAAGUGGUCGAUGAACAAAGCCUCUUACUUGGCGUCAAUGCGACUCCGCAGUUCAUUGGGAGUCUGAUGGAAUUGGUCUGGGCGCAGAUUGGAAGCGCUGCAGUCGAUCUUGAAUCCUUCGCCAAGCACGCUGGAAGGAGUACAAUCAAGACCGACGAUGUCAUGUUGCUGGCGAGAAGAAACGAAGGACUCGCGGAACUGCUGAAGAAGGAGCUGGAGAACAUUGAAAGUUCGAAGCAGCAAAAGGAGAAAUGA